UUUUCUGCGCGACUCGAAUAAAGCCUCCGGGCGAAAAGUGCAUGGAGGGACCUUCGAUCCUUGUGCCCUCCCCGCAUUCCUGCUCCGCACUGCUCGCCUCCUCCGAGUUGGAUGUCUUCGCGAUCCACGAUCAUAUUCCCGCUGCUGCAGAUUCGAGAAAAUAGAUCGGCGGAGUAAGGGGAGAGGAGCAGGCAGACGGGCGCGAUGGAGGCUAUGGUGGGAGCUCAGAAUUUGACACAAUGUGUCAAAGAGUGCUCUUCUAAAGCCAGCGGCGAGGCGUCGGUCUUGCGGAGCAGCGCUUCUGCCGGAAGCAGGAAGAUUCGGACUCUGGAGCGAGUUCGCAUGAAGGCCCCCUCGUUUUUCAACGUCGUCGAAGGUUUGAGGCUCGCGUCUCCGGUGAAGCUCGCAGCCGCUCCGCGGGCCAGUCCUAACAUGGUUUCCGAGAGGUCUUCGACCAACAAUGUAAGGUGUGAGACUGGAACGAAGGUGAAAGUGACUCUGAGGCUGGAUCAUCAGGUUCAGUUCGGUGAACAUCACGCUUUGAUAGGGUCAGCUGAAUGCGUAGGUUCGUGGCAAAAUAGGGUCGAAAUGAGGUGGACUGACUCCGGGUGGGUCGCUGACCUUGAAGCAAAUCCUGGUGAGAAGAUCGAGUACAAGUACAUAGUUGUGGCAGGAGAUGGGAACCUGGUUUGGGAGAAUGGCCCAAAUCGCACCCUACAAGUUCCCAACGAUUCGGGUGCCUACCAGCUUGUAUCGCAUUGGGACAAUACUGGAGAGGAAGUACAGUUUGUCGGUGCUAGCAAUGGCAACGGUUCAGCCUCUAAGUCUCAGGAGUCCACCGAUCAGAACCAACAAAACGGAUCAGCUAAGGUAGAGGAGAAACCCGCCAUGGAAACAAGCAGCUCAUUUGUGCAGGGCUGGCAAGGAAAAGAGAUCAACUUUAUGAGAUCCAAUGAGCACUCAUCACGUGAGCAGUCUGGGAAAUGGGAUACCACUGGUCUUCAAGGACCAGCCAAGCAUAUAGUCGACGGAGACAGGGGCGCCGCUAAUUGGUGGCGGAAGUUGGAGGUUGUCAGAUCACUUGUGACCGGAGAACUGGGAAAGACAGAAAGGCUGGAGACACUAGUCAAUGCUUCUGUGUACCUGAAGUGGAUCAACACGGGUCAGAUUCGAUGCUAUGAAGAUGGUGGUCACUACCGUCCCAACAAGCAUGCAGAAAUUUCUCGGCAGAUUUUUAGGGAGGUAGAACGAAUCACUUCCGCGAAAGAACUUUCACCGAAGGAAUCCUUGGUCGUGAGAAAAAUCCACCCGAGCUUGCCUGCAUUCAAAGCGGAGUUCACGGCCUCUGUUCCACUGACUCGAAUUCGAGACAUCGCUCAUCGAAAUGACAUUCCUCACGAUCUGAAGCAAGAGAUUAAGCACACGAUUCAAAAUAAGUUGCAUCGCAAUGCGGGACCUGAGGAUCUCGUCGCUACCGAAGCCAUGUUAGCACGAGUUACUAAGAAUCCUGGGCAGUACAGCGGUGCCUUUGUGGAACAACUUCAGAUUUUCUACGCCGAACUCAAAGAUUUCUUCAAUGCUGGAAGCCUGACGGAGCAGCUGGAGGGUUUGCGCGAUUCUUUUGAUGAGUCGAAGUCGUCUGUUCUAGAAACAUUUCUGAACAGUAAAAAGACCCUGGACCAGACCAAUACCUCCAAUGGCAAUGCCUCGAAAGGUCCAGACUUGUUGAUUGGAGCUUUGCAUAGCUUGACCGGGCUGAGAGCGGUGCUUGUAAAAGGGCUGGAAAGUGGCUUGCGGAAUGAUGCUCCUGAUGAAUCUAUAGCUAUGCGUCAAAAGUGGCGCCUGUCAGAGAUCGGUCUUGAAGACUAUUCUUUUGUUCUUCUGAGCAGGUACAUAAACUCUUUGGAAGCUGCCGGAGGAGCAAAUUUUCUCAUAAAAGAAGCCAAGUCGCAGAAGGUCAUGUCCUGGAAUCACCCAUUAGGAGUUGUUGUGCUUGGAGUUCGUCAACUUGGUCUAUCUGGAUAUCAGCAAAAGGAGUGCCUUGCCAUUGAGAACGAAAUAUCAGCUUGGCAAGCUGCGGGUAUCGUCCAAGGAAAAGAAGGCCUGGAAGAUGAUGUUAGGUCCUGGGCAUUACGACUGAAAGCCACAUUAGAUCGAACGCGCCGACUUGCAGAGACUUACACCGACACACUUCUCCAACUCUUCCCUACGCGUGCAGAGAAACUUGGGAAGGCCUUCGGGAUACCCGAAAACUCUGUAAAGACAUUUACGGAAGCCGAGAUCAGGGCUAGCGUUGUUUUCCAGAUAUCGAAGUUGUGCUCACUUCUACUCAAGGCAGUUCGAGAUGUUUCUGGUUCAGAGGGAUGGGAUGCGUUGAUGCCCGGCACUGCUGUUGGAACUUUGGUGGAGGUUGACAGGAUAGUACCUGGUUCCAUUCCCGCUUCGUCGAAGGGACCUGUCGUCCUACUCGUGAAAGAGGCUGAUGGAGACGAGGAGGUGAAGGCAGCUGGCGCUAAUGUGAUGGGGGUGAUUCUUCAGCAUGAGCUUCCACAUUUGUCACAUUUGGGUGUCCGCGCCCGGCAGGAAAAGGUCGUCUUUGUAACAUGUGAUGACGAAGAAAAAGUUUCCAACUUGCGUGCCCUUCUCGGGAAGUCAAUCAAACUAGAGGCUUCAUCCGAGGGUGCCUCAGUUUCAGCAUACGAUGGUGUCCAGCAACAACAGUCAGAUCCCAAGCAGGAAGAGGAGGGUAGUUCAGCAGCUGCAACUUCUCCAAAACCUGCAGUUCAAUCAAGCAAGGUAAAGAGAAGUCCCAAAGGGAGUGUGCUACAGCUGAUCAAAGCCGAUGUGGAGAAGGCGGGAGCAAAAGCAGCUGCAUGUGGAGAGUUAGCCGGAUUGGCUGAGAUUUCGAAGAAAGUGACAAGUGAGCAAGGUGUACCAGCAACUUUUUUGGUUCCUCAAGGUCAAGUGAUCCCCUUCGGUGCUAUGGAUGACUCUAUUGAAAGUAGUGGUUUGACCAAACAGUUCCAAUCUCUUGUGGCGAAAACCGAAACGGCCCAAGUUGAAGGAGGUGAACUUGAUGAUAUUUGCAAUGAACUACGUGAGUUGGUCGCAAGUGUGAGGCCUGAAAAAUCCGUAAUCGACGCCAUAGCUAAAUCAUUCCCUUCCAGUUCAAAAUUGAUUGUGCGAUCUAGCGCAAAUGUGGAAGACCUGGCAGGAAUGUCGGGAGCAGGGUUAUAUGAAUCUAUUCCAAAUGUUAACGCGUCAUCCGAUCCUGAAAACUUUGGCAAAGCAGUUGCCGAAGUGUGGGCUUCACUUUACACCCGACGAGCAGUGUUGAGCCGAAGGAUUGCAGGAGUUCCGCAGAAGGAGGCAGCUAUGGCUAUUUUGGUGCAGGAACUUAUCUCUCCAGAUCUUAGUUUUGUUCUUCACACUGUUAGUCCCAUAGAUAAUGACAAGAAAGUAGUACAGGCCGAAAUUGCGGCAGGUCUUGGAGAAACUCUCGCCUCUGGUACCAGGGGUUCGCCAUGGCGUCUGGCUGCCAACAAGUUCACAGGAGCUGUGAAAACCCUGGCCUUCGCCAACUUCAGUGAGGAGCUUGUUGUCCAAAGUGGUAAUGCAGCUGCCGACGGCAAAAUGGUUGCCCGAGUUGCUGAUUAUAGUACCAAGGCUCUCUCUGUUGAUCCACUCUACAGGAAACAGAUUGGGCAACACCUCGCAACUGUUGGAUUCUUCUUGGAGCAGAAGUUCGGCUCUCCGCAGGAUGUGGAGGGUUGUAUCGUGGGCAAAAACAUCUACAUCGUACAAGCCCGUCCUCAGCCAUAGGUUCUUAUUUGUGUGAAAACUAUAUAAUAGAAGAGGAAAAAGGCAUUUACUAGCCUUGGUUGGGGGUCUAUCUGGGUGACAUCCGGAGUAUUUUAGAGCCACGGUAGGUUGAUUUGAGCAUGAACUCCAGCAAAAAGAUGAGGUGCUUACGGUACAGUAAUUUUCUUGUUCGAGUUGUAAAUUAGCGUCCCUUACAUUACGAGGCUUUUAGUUCACUCAAAUCUUUGUACAUUAUCUACUUUAAAUGUUGAUACCCUCUCGUGGUCUUGAACC